ACCAUCUCCGGCGUCUGCACCAUUAUCAGUAAUAAACUCUUCAUUAGAAGAGAUGGAUCAAUCAUCAACUUCUUCAUCAGCGUCGCGCUCUAACUCCAUUUCGGUGAAAUACCUAGCUAUCGAUACCAGAAAUUGUAAAUGGCUCAAAAAAGAUCCAAGAUGUUCCCUCCAAUACAAUGACAGUAUUUAUAUUGAAAAAUUUGAUACAACUAAAGACAGAUUUGCAGAUUAUACACCACACAUGAUUUUCAAAGAAUUUUUAACAGACGAAAUAGUUCAAUACAUGUGUGUCCAAACCAUGUUAUAUGCAAACUCCGAUAAAAAUAAUCCUAAGUUUACAAUUGAUGUUGAGCAGAUGAGAGUCUUUAUCGCAAUUUUGUUUUUUACUGGUUACCAUAAGUUACCAACUGAACGUUCGUACUGGUCACUCGACGAGGAUCUUGGAGUGCCUUUAGUUUCAGAACACAUGGCAAGAGAUCUAGGGAGUUCACAAGGUGUUGUAUACUGUCGUACUGUUGUAUGUCAUACACUUUAAACGACUAAAACUAUAUUUAAGGAUUUCGCAAGCUAACAUAAAAGCUUUAUUAUGAAAUUCCACACCGCUAAAAAAUAGUUGGUGGUGAUUUCAAGUCCUCUAAACAUUUACUUAGCCGUUAAAAACUUUACGACA